AUGGCACAGGCAGUCGCCACUCCCCUUCCGCGUGGUGCAUCCCUUGCGGUUUCUCGCGCAGCGAGCAGCACCAGCAAGAAAACGGUGCAGCUAGUUUCUCCCGCUUUCAGCUCCUUUAGCCUGUCGCAAGCCUCGGUUGGGCGAUGCUUUUUAACGAGUGGGACGCAGUCACGGAGCCUCUCCUUCAGUCGGGUGGCUCGGCGCGCUGUUGUUCGUUCCCAAGCGACCACCGAAGAAGCACCCAUAGCAUUUCAGAUCGGUGAAACAAGUCUCUCCAUUCCUUUCUCUGUGGAGAAAGCCAAGGCUCUCGACGCUGCCAUAUCCACCCUCCUGCAAACCUUCCGGGAGAAGGAGAAGGCCACCCGACCACAGAGAUGGACCACGAUGGAGUAUCGCCAUGCUGGGGAUGUCAGUAACGGGGACGUUUUUAUCGAGAUAUUCUGCAACCCCAAUGCGUACGCGAAUGCGUUUCAGGCUAAGGCGCUGAUUACAGUGAAGGAUGACCGAAUGAAGUUCACUUCGGAAGGUGCUUUGAGCGCCAUUAAGGCGAACGUAGAUGAGUACUUGAUGCGGAAUGCUUGA